AUGGGGCAGGCACACAGCGGAAAGUCUCCGACUCUUUCGCAACCAGACGAUCUUGUUCGACACGAUGGUGAGGAGGUCGGCAACUAUGGGACUCCUUCUGCAGCGUAUCAGGUUGGACACCAGAAUUCGGAAACAGGCAGUAUGAGGGCGCUCUAUUUCGGUGACCGAGGGCCCAACAGAAGUACGGGCGGCAGCGGCAGAGAAGAGCUAGAGGUAGUGGAUCUAUUCUCUGCAAGAGUUGUUUCGUGCUCGUACUAGUUGCAUUUGCAGCACAUCAUUUUUUGUAUUACAAACAGGUCUGGUCUCAUAUCAUACAUUUCAAAUUCCAUUUUUUCUUUCGACCAUUGCUACUAGUGCGAGCGUUUUCGUUUUGCAAUGCAUAAGAUCCUCGUCGGAGGAACACCAAUAGCCUGACUCCGUUGCCAGCGCUCUCCAGAAGGCGCGACUCCUCCGCGACUCAGCGGAGAAGUCCAAGUCCGUCACUCGGCGUCAAGGCAGGUGGUCGCGGUUUCUCUUCUAGUUCCGCAGUUGUUACGCAAGCGGACCAUCCAAAGAUGCGGUCCUAUUCACAGUGGGAUACCAGUAGCCUGCUUGAGCUGGCCAAGGCCCGCGGUCUCAUGGACGAUUCUUCUUUUAUUUCGGCGAGCGGAGGCGGACGCGCUGCCGCACCUGGCGGCGCGGCAGGUGAAGAGGGUGACGCGUUCUCGUCUUCAGCGAAGAGAGUCAGGAAAUCAUUACAGAAAAAAAACUCACCGUCACCAGAAAACCCCCUACCGCUGCAAGCGCAACUUAGUCCACCUAACACUUCGCCUCCGCUGCUCGAUAUUGGAACGAAUUCUGCCGAGCCGUUUACUUCUGAAGUUAGUGGCGAGAGUGAGCGACUGUGGCGCGCAACAAGCCAAAACUCGGGCGUCUCCUCAGACAAUGUCGCACUUGGCACAAGCCCUGCGACAGCAGGGGAUUGGGAACGAUACCAAGAUAAAGAAGCAAGUUCUACUUGCCUGGACCAGGAGCAGCACAGGCAGUCGAAACGACCGGAACUGGGUGAAGGACUGGAAGCAGAAGUGCAAUAUGAGAUGAAACACCAGGGCGCAGGAGUGGUGCUCGACAAAGGCAGCGCAAGCUUAACUGCGGCAACGUCAGCAUCGCAACUUCACAGAGACGCAAGGAUUGCAUCAAAUGCAUCUGAUAUAGAGAGUAGAAGUACAUCUACAUCAACAGCGGCGGUCCCAGGCCAAAUUCCAUCAUCGUCAUCACAGAAUGUCGCUACUCCGCUUGGUGGAGAAAAAGGUUCACCCUCUGGCAUGAUGGAUGCGACGAGGACUUUAGACGACCCACAUGAACAAGCGCCGACGCUACCUAGUCGGGAGCUACUUUUGAGUCUGUUGCACGCGUGGGAUCGCGGGCGGUCUUCACGCGGCGAGGUUUUUCAGACAAGCCGAAGUUCCAGUCAUGAACUGUCUGCCAGUGAUCGGAAGAGACUUUCGGCGUUCGAGCGCCGUAGUCGAAGCCGAGAGUCCUCGUCCCUACUAGCAGAUGAUCAUGCGGUGCCCGUUGCGGUCUUGCAAAACCUGCGGAACGUACAGGGACAAAUGGGAGUGGACAUCGGAGGCACGCUGGCAAAGCUGGUAGCAGUAAAAAAGACCUAAAAUUAUGUAUCUAUGAAAUGUAUACUUUUCGUUUUCUUAGUACGUCGCACUGUGAAUUUUGUGCGUCGUUGUAUUGACAGCUAAGUAUCUGUGUUUAUACACCACAUGACAACACUUCUAUGGGGAAGCGGAAGUCUUAGAGGCGUCGUCGAGCAGUAGCCUCAACAAUAGUCGUGGCGCUUAAGAAUAAAAAGUUCGCUAUGCUGCAUGCUGUCAAUAAGGAUAUUACGUCGUGGUCCAGCACGCACCACCACCUCUAGUUCUAAACAUUUAUAUGUCGCAAUCAAGACAAGCGUCUUUCUAAUCGUCUCAUAACUGAGUAGCUGCAAAUUUGAAUUAUGAACACAGGUACUCCUGAUGCCUGGUGAAGCUGCGGGACGAUUGUUGUUUCCGAGCGUUUAUGCUCUGCAAAAGCAUCGCACUUGUGCAUGAAUUACAGUAUGUACGGAAAAAUAAAGAGAAGGUGGCUCUUUAUUACCUUUCUUGCAUGAAGCACCACAGUGUAGUUGCAGAUGAGUUGAACUACAUUGCUUUCUCUCUUUCAAAAACACGACUGCGAAGACAGUUUUUGCACAGGAUAGCUUGAUUGGCCGGACCGGAAAAGUGCACCACAGUCUGGACGUCGAACUGGGAUUGGAGGAUCUCGACGGCCUGGACCCUGAAAUGACGUCUUCGAGCGACUCGCUAGUCGACGAAGAGGAGGACGAGCAGGAGCGUGAGGACGUUUUACAGGAGGAACGGCUCCAAGUGUUGCAACGGCAGAGGAGCGCCGGAGGUGCAGAAGAUGUUGCCAGCAGCGGCACAUCAUCUACAGUGUUUCCUUCCCCUUUGCGAAAGCAAUUGCUCCUGGUCGAGCCUAGCACGCAUAUUAACCAUCCUAGUAGUCCUGAAGUGCCAGGAAUGAUCACAAGCGCCCUCGGCGGAAGCACGGUCAUGGGACAGGAAAGGAAGCCAACCGGAAUUGCAAAACAAUCACAGCAUACGCACAGCACGUCGACAGCGCUCAACGCAGGCAGCCUUCAUGCGAAUGCGUCGCCACCGCUUUAUGGUAGUGAGUGUCAGGCUUGAAAUCAAUGCAGCUGAAGUGAUUUUCAUUUUUCAAAUUGUCGAGGAUGGAUAUUUAUUGAAGUCACUACGUACAACCAGGUCGAUCCCCCAGUUCUAAGAGGCGCAUGACAACUUUUAUUGGGAGGUUUCGUAUGCAAUUUGGUUCACUAAAGAAAAGGCACAUGGCGUCGAAUGCCCUUUAGCCACCGCGUCACUGCCCUAAUUAGGCCUACAGUCAGCCUCAUGAGCGGUCUUCUCUCCAAUGCAGGCACUUUGUGCUUUGUUUUUAUAUGACAGAUUGUAGUUCAACAUCUUCAAUUUUGAUAAAGCCUGGCGCGUGCAUAUGCUUCCCACGUCUGCGCGGUCGCUUCCUGAGCCAAGCAUGCUCUAUGGAGGAGAAGUCAUGGAUAUUCGUGACUGCUGGCGAACCCAAGCAAAAACUCUGUGUGUUAUGCAAAAGAGGCAGCCGCAGGCGCAGCCGCACCAAAAUCAAAAUCCACUUCAAUAUUUAUACAUUCAUAUAUCACUCCGGGACCGGGACACAUGAGUAUUCUUGUUUUUUUCGCAUGAAUGAUACGAAAUACAGAUAACAAAUUGUUCGUUGGCAUGGCAGUCUGCGCUUUUAUUUCUCAGGGCCAGCGGCAGUCAGCGGAAAGUCACUCACUUCCCCUCUAUAGGCUCACGUUGCCCUCGUCCAAUUCUCACUCGUCGAGCGUGAAAGUCAACCAAGUCGCCAGUCUGAGCAUGCAACAGCUUGCGCCACCUUUGCCACAGCCGCGCCUGGCUGCUGGAAGUGUGUAUCUGCAGCGGCACUCAAAAAUACCCUCGCAACUCAGGCGGCGCAGCUUCAACUUGCAGCACUUGCAGCACCAGGCUCAGGGUCAGGAACAUCAUCUGCAUCACAGCGCAGGCGAGACCGGAAGUAGUGCUGCACACGGGGGGGCAUCUGCCUCAACCCGAUUAGGGCGGGAUGGGAGUAAUUGUGCACCACGCGAAGGAGCACCUCCACGAAACGAACAACUGGAGGACGAGGCGGUACUGCUGCACACAACACUGCGAAAGGACGCGCAAGCGCAAGACUCGGCGUCUGCAUCGGGCGCUGACACAACCACAACGACCACGGCAACCACGACAGCUCACCAUCUCGACGAAGACACAGAAGAGCACGGUCCUAGUGGGAAAGGAGUGUCUCCUCCACGGUUGCAACGUAAACACGGAAGAACGUCCCCUGGGUCUACCAGCGCCACGGAUGAUGCAAGUGCGAAGAACGACAGGGACAAAGACCAUCAUGAUCUUGCUCAGGUUGGCCCGGUCGAGGCAUUGCCACAUCGGGUUUUAAACCUCCACGCAUCAAGUUCUACCCACAGUCCAUCGUCUUCACUCAACAACCCUUCGUCGCUCCUCGACAAAAAUGAGAUGCAUCAGAAUGAUGUUCGCUUGGAUGCGACCAGCACAAAUGUGGCAAUAAUGCGAAAGACAGCUCCUGCCCCCAAUUAUGAUGUCGCGGGCGCACCAUCAGAAGAUGACGCGGCUGCAAGACCUGCACCCGGAGCCGAACCUGUGCAACCUCCUUGCGCCAAAUAUGUAAUGCGAUUUCUGUCGGGAUCCACACACGCCUUGGAGGAGGUGGUGACCGCAUUGCAGACGCUUGCGCCCUUUCAGAAAAGCGCGCCGCGGACGAUCGCGGUGGCCGGCGGUGGCGCCCAUAAGUACAAAACCCUUUUCAAGGAGGCCUUGAACCUUGAGUUCGAAGCGCACCGCGAGAUGGAAUCCGUGGUGGAAGGCCUGCGCUUCGUCUUGGAGCGACGGCACAUUUUCAAAGACGAAAUCCUCACCAUCAACGACGACGGGCAGGAAGAGCCAUUCGACCCCGAUUUGGAAGAAAUGGAAGUAUUCGAGGGCGACGUUGAUGAAGAUCAAGCUCACACCAACAACUACUCCACCACCACCACGUUAGUAGACGGAGCUACAACUACGUCGAGAGCGAGAUCAUCUCCCCCAGAAAAUGCAGAGCCACGGUGCCCAAUGCAGGAGCGAGGUCUCAUCGAGACCAGCGCAGGCAAAGCUAAAGCAGAAGAAGGUCCUUCUCGUCCACGUCAUCUUCGAAAUCGAAUAAAGUUAAAAUCUGGACGAGAAAAUCAUAAAGCCCCGCCUCGCAAGGCCGCGGCGACUUCGUCUUCUUCGAGUAGCAUCGACGCAAUAUUUGCCGAUGUGGCCUCAGAGGCACAAGCAGCGGCAAUUGGUGGAACGUGGGACGAAGACCGCGACCGUCGCCUCGCGUCCAGUACGAAAAGUCGGCGACGCUUGUUUCAAGAAACGUCCUUCAGUACUUCCAGCACCCGCCGGCAGGACGACGAAGAGGAAGAUCAACAUAAUACAACUAGGGACCAUGAUCAUGAAGAGGUGGAGCUUGACGUGCAGGACGACAACUCGUGCGAAGACGAUGACAUCGCGGACCACGCAUCUUCUCCAGCAGUAGGAAACGACACAGAGGAAGAGGGUGAGAGUGCCUCCACAGCUUCCAUGUCCGACGUGGAGGAAGAUCUUCCCGAUGAAGCUGCAGCGUCUGGGCCUCUGGAGGACGAGGGCGGUGGAAGCAACCACCGACGUCGCAGAAAAAAGCUUGAUAAACGUUCGCGGGCUCCUGCGACGAGGAGAAUCCAGCACCCUUUGUGGGAAGAGGCCUUUCUGCUUGUAAACAUCGGUAGUGGUGUGUCGAUUCUGCACGUAACCCCGAGUACGUUUGCACGCGUGGGAGGCACGGGCUGUGGGGGCGGCACUUUCCUGGGGCUCACCCGACUGCUGUGUGGCACAACCGACUUCAGUGAUGCGCUCGCACUCGCUUCGGAAGGGGACGCAAAGAGGAUCGAUACCCUCGUGUCAGACAUCUACGGCGAAUCCGGCAGCGCACAUCUAGGCCUGCCGCCCUCCCUAAGCAUUGCUAAAGUGUCGCAGGUUUUCAGAAAUUAAUGAUGAGAGAAGACUCGCGGUGGCGGUUGCAGCAAACAAUUGCAGCACGACAUGUAUAUAUCUGCAGCUACGACAGCACAAGCAUGAAGCUGCGACGAGAAGCUAAAUACAUUUACAACUCACUCGUGCUUCUACGUUCUCGCCAUACUGUAUUCGUAUCAGAAAAAGCUGCAUGUCAAUGUCUAUAGAAGGUAUAGCUCUAGGUUUGGUCGUUCAAAAUACUUCGUACGACAUGCGCGCGACACUUUUGCAGGCGAUAGUCGCUUACAGCGAGCAACUUCGGAAAGGUUGGGACAUCCCUGCCUUACGACACAACAGCCGGAAGGUACUAUGAUUAAUUGCUGUGCACCAGUCGUGCAAUUUGAAUCUACUUUCUAGAUCUAGUUGUAGUAGCAACUACUGUACAUCUAUUUAUUGUGGUGGUCGAAAGUGAUAUUCGGCGCUCGUUAUUCUUGCCGCGAGGAGUGACUAGUAUCUUAUCAUUAUUCGGAGUUACUAGAGAGGACACGUGACGAGCGAGAGGUAUGAAGAUGCUACUGCUAAUAAGUGAUAAUCCUUCAUCGGCUCGCAGCUUGUGGUGGAGGCUGCAGCUGCUGGAGUCAACUGAAAUAAAUUGACACAACUCUUUCAGCCCGUCGCAUCCAGACCCGAAGGACUUGGCGCGUGCCGUACUCCAGAUGGUAACGCAGCAGGUCGCUGUUCUAGCUGUGGCCUACUCGCAGUCCCUCCUCGUGCGCCACAUCUUCUUUGUCGGAGGUUUUUUUGAAAAAAACAAAAUAGCGAAGACAAUGAUGUCAAAAACCAUGCGCGACCUUCGGAAAAGGGCGUUUUUCGUGCGCCAUUCGGACUUUCUAGGUGCGAUCGGCAGUCUCGCGUACUCAAUGAAAUUUAAGGAAACGCAAGGCAAUUUUCCUGCUGGACAGCAAGGAGCACCUGCUGCUGGUGAUGCGCAAGCGCAUGUGAAGACCACACAACAGACAACAGCAACUAAACUGAUCUAGACCACACAACACACAACAGACAACAGCAACUAAAAAUUGAUGUCGCUCAUCUUCGUCGACGCUAG